GCAAGUACAAAUGUGCGUGUCCUAAUAAAGUUGGUCAUGAAUUUCACAUUCUCCUUAUUUCUUACGGAGGGACUUGCUUUGCACCGUCGAAAUGGUGGAGGAACUGUUGGUGUUAAGCGAUGCAAAACCCAACUCGAACCUCUCAAAGUCACUGCUGGCGGUGGCUUUUCUGGCGUCCUUUGGCAGUUCCAUGCUCUAUGGAUUCAAUCUUGCUGUGGUCAACUCGCCUGCAGAGUACAUCAAAAACUUCUACAACGAAACACUUCAAGAAAAUUAUAACUGGAUUCCAGAUGAGAGCCACCUCACAGUCUUAUAUUCCCUCACUGUGUCUAUCUUUGCUAUUGGUGGAAUGAUUGGAGCCUUGUUAGUGAGAAGACUCGUAACCAAGUAUGGAAGGAAGGGGACGUUGGUGCGAUCAACUGUGCUUGUGUUUGUUGGAGGAGGUCUUAUGGGCCUCAGCAGAGCAUGGAGGGCACCAGCCAUGGUCAUCAUCGGGCGCUUCAUUGUUGGAGUACAUUCCGGUAUCUCUCUCAGUGUGGUGCCAAUGUACCUGGGUGAGAUUGCUCCCAAGAAUUUACGAGGUUUCCUGGGUCUUAUUCCGAGCAUCCAUAUUUGUCUUGGGGUCUUCAUUGCUCAGGUCCUGGGGCUCCAAGAGCUGAUGGGAAAGGAAGAGCACUGGCCUCUGCUCAUGUCCCUGAUAGUAUUUCCGACCCUGGUCCAGCUGAUGCUGUUGCCAUGGUUUCCUGAGAGCCCACGGUACCUGUUGAUAGAAAAAGGAAAUAUUCAUGCCACAAUUGCAGCUCUCAAGAGGUUCCGCGCUAAAGGCAACAUCCAGUUGGAGGUGGAGGAGAUGCAGGAGGAACAACGCUCUUUGUCCUCCACCCAGACUGUAUCUGUGUGUGGACUCCUUAUGGACCGCUGCGUUCGCUGGCAAGUCAUCACCAUUGUGGUGGUCAACAUUGGCAUGCAGCUGUCUGGCAUUGAUGCGAUUUGGUUCUACACAAAUGAUAUAUUCAAGAAUGCUGGGAUUCCAGAACCCCAUAUUCAGUAUACCACAGUGGGAACUGGAGCCGUCGAGGUCAUUUCCGGAAUGCUGGGUUGUUUUGCAAUUGAGCGUGUAGGUCGAAGACCUCUGAUGAUUGGUGGUUACAUCUUCAUGAGCCUCUGCUGUGUUGGGAUCACUGUGUCGGUCCUCUUCCAGGAGCAGCUGUCCUUUAUGCGCUACAUCAGCGUGGGCUGCGUGGUUGGGAUUAUUGCUGGCUUCUGCAUCGGUCCAGCCGGCGUGCCCUUCCUGAUCACGGCGGAGCUCUUCAAACAGUCGCACAGACCAGCAGCCUACACGAUGGGAGGUUGUCUCAACUGGUUAUCUAACUUCACCAUUGGCUUUGUCUUUCCCUUUCUUGAGCUGGCCACCGGUCCUUACUGUUACCUCAUCUUCUGUGCAAUAUGCCUGGGAAUGGCCGUCUACAUCAUCUUCAUCAUUCCCGAGACCAAGAACAAAACCUUCAUGGAAAUCAGUCAAAUGUUUGCCACCAAAAACAACCUCCUUGAAGAGGAGCUGACAUCCAAUGAGCAUCUGAAAAUGUCUCACAUGAACGGCUAUGGGACGCUGGGCCAUUGAGAUGUAAAGUAGCAGGCGGACCGUUACAUUUUUUUUUUUAUAAAACUGACAGAUGUGUAUAAGGCACAUUAUGGGCUCAACUCACAUGUCUAUCCUUCCGUGUUCCAAUCAACAAUGUUUUAAGAGAAUCUUUACUGUGUGUGACUCCAAAGUCACAUGGCAAUUAAGCGUCUGAGAAAUUUAAUCGCCAUUUAUCCAGGACAUUUGUUCCACAACCCAAUCUGCACAUAUCUGAACACAUCUUGUGAGCAUUCAUAUACACUACCGUUCAAAAGUU